AUGACUUCACCUAUCCAGACCAUUGUGCUUGCCGCCAUUCUAUUCAUCAUUCCUCUACAGCUUUACCGGAGAUACCGAAAGCUGAGCGCAAUUCCGGGGCCGUUUUUAGCAGGUUUCACGAACCUUUGGAGAGCAUAUGCUCAGAACUAUGGUACCAUAGCCACGACGCUCAUCAAGCUUCAUGAGCAAUAUGGUCCUCUUGUACGAAUUGGUCCCAAUACGAUUCACGUCAGCGAUCCUGCCUCUGUCAGUGUCAUUUACACAAACCAUGGAGAGUUCAAAAAGGCAAGUGCGAUUCAGGCCGACUCGUACUCUCCACUGCGGGUGGUCGCCACUCGUGGAAAGUCAAUCGGGAGCGUGAUCGACAUGCAAGACGAGGAGGGCAAUACUCUUCUGAAGAGAGGAGUUGGGAAUGCAUUUGCGACAAACACGCUCCUCGACUACGAGCACAAUGUCGACGACACCGUCAAGGAGCUCAUCCAGACCAUUAUCGAAGUUCCCGAGUUCGAUCUCUUCAAGACUAUGCAAUUCUUCCAGCUCGAUAUGCUCACCCAGUUAGCUUUCAAUGAGAAUCUGGGCCACCUCAAGAACAGGAGAGAUGUUUGGGGAAUGGUGAGCCCAAGCCGAGAUAGAAUUGCGCACUGGGUGCAAUGGCAAGCAUUCCCGACUUUAGAAUACCUCAUUUUCCAACAUCCACUCUUCAACUGGUUCACAAAGAGGUCAUCUGUGUGGGUUCAAGAAGCACUCCACAGACUGGCUAAUCGUGAAUCGGCCCCAGCGGCAAAGACGAAGGGGCAGAAAGACCUCCUUCAAAAGUACGUUGACGCACUCAAAAAGAACCCGGCCAUAGGUCACGACAUAAUCGCUCUGAUGACGACUUCGACCAUCUCGGCGGGCUUCGAUAGUACGACAGUGACCAUAACGACGAUUCUCUUCUGCCUGAUGAAAUACCCUGCCUCCCUCGAAAAGCUGAAGCAAGAGCUUGAAGCCGCGCAGCUUUCCACACCAGUGCCACAAUGGGCCGAAGUAAAUAAGCUCGAGUACCUGGAUGCCGUCUUCAAGGAAGCAAUGCGCUGUAAUCCCUUCGUCACGAUUCCGUUGGAGCGGGUCGUUCCGCGAGGGGGCGUUGUCAUCGCCGGUAAACACAUUCCCGCUGGCACCACGAUCGGGAGUGCGGCCAAAGUCAUCCACCACAACCGCGAACUCUACGGUGAAGACGUGGAGGAGUUCCGACCUGAGCGGUGGCUUGUGGACUCGGACAAGAGACUUGCAAUGGAACGAGCGUCCAUGAGCUUUGGGUCAGGAAAACGAAUAUGUCUGGGUCGGCACGUUGCCGAACUCGAGAUCAAGAAGCUGAUCCCCUCUCUAGUUCUUCGGUUCAAGAUGAACAUCGUCACAAAGGACGCGUCUUUGGACUCUGCAGAUGGCAGGACGGCAUUUCCCAAGACCAUCAUGGUCAAAUUUGGCGCGAUGUCAUAG